AUGGCACUGGACGCGCCUGCCGCGGCUUACGGCAGCCUGCCACCUGCAAAUCUGGCUGCCGCCCGUCAACAUGUCCAGACUCUCUCCGCCCGUGACCGUGAAGCUUUGCUCCGUGCCCUGCUAGAGCAGUACGAACAUCCCCACGGCCGCUCGCAGCGGAGCUCACUGGUGACCAGUACCGCGCACUCUUCCCGAUCUUCUUCGUCGACCGCCGCUGGGUCAAUAUCAGCGUUCACUUCGUCGUCACUGUUUGACUGCCCGCCGCUUCACGAAGAGGUCGAGGACGACCUCGCCGUUCCAUCGCUGUCCUCAGCAAAACAGAAGCCACAACCGGACUGGACCACCGUCGGAAGCAUAGCCACGGCAACAGCCACAGCAACGGGUCCGCAUACAAGUGCGAAGCAAAAGUCAAAAGAAAAGCCAGUGCUGCGGAUAAAAACAAGCGCAGCCGACUUCCGGGACACAGAGCCGACGAUAACAACAAAGACAGCACAUUCCUACUGGUGUACAGCAUGCGGUGAGAAGCUGGGCGAUCGCACAGCAUGGAUUCUGCACGACGUCGCCUGCCGAGGCAAAGAACGCAGUCUCUCCUGCGCGGACGACAGUCGAAACGCUUCCGGCCGCAACCGUACCCAGCGAGCAUGGGCCUGCGGUUUCUGUGCCGCGUUCCUCGGCUCGCUCGAGCGCUACCAAAGCCAUGUCGCCGGCCACUUUGAACGCGGCCGCACGCUCGGUCACUGGCACUAUGCCAACGUCAUCUACGGGCUGCUGCACCAGCCGGCUGUGCACAAGCCUUGGAAGCAGCUGUGGGCGGCACGCGCAGCUGCCUUGCCGCCUCACAUGCGGCCCAAGGCGACAUGGUCGCCGGGGUGCUGUCUGCGAGGUCGGGACGAGGCCGAAGAGCCGAUCGCGCUACAGGAAGCCCUCGAGCUGUUCGACCCAAGCCACGAAAGCGCCUCGGCACUGGCACUGCAAGCCGACGCCCUCGCCAUUUACAUUUCCGUGCCCAUCGAUGAAGCCGCCGAGAAGAAGCAGAAGAAGCAUGCACGGAUGCACAAAUCGGAUCCGACGCCUGCAAAGGAGACAAAGCCUCAAAUGGAGUCAACCAAAGUACAAGCAGCACUACCCGCUGAGGCCGACGUUGGCCAACAAACAGAACCUGCUCCGGCGCCUGCGAUGCCAACUACGAAACUCCUCCCCACUUCCGAACCUGAUGCAACUCCGUCGCCGCCGGCGCCCACAAAUCCGACUCAGACCAAAGACGCUCCGCUACCGGCACUUCCAUCGGACGCAACUCCGCCACAGCCGACUUCUUUGUCGCCCCCGGACCCUUCCAAGAAGGACGUGAAGCGUGGUUCCAAGCUUUCGCCACGAAAGCCACUGUUUAUGUUCCGCUCCAAGAGCCCGUCGUCCUCGCCCGAGUCGAUCGCCGAAAAGGUUGUACCAGCCACCAAGGACGUUCCGGCUCGCCAAAUCGAUAGGAAACCACCGCUGCACGCAGCGAAGCUCUCGAAGCCGCGCCGCGUCGUAUCGACGCCGGCCACAACUGCCGCGCCCGCCCCCUGCCCGAAUGCAAAGUCCAGCACUGCCGCGAAAGCAACCGCGAGAAAUACCACAACAGCCACUGCCACGCAAAGGACGCCAAUCUCCUCAUCUUCUACCACAACCACUCCCCGCCCGCAAAACUGGGCAGACCGGCCCCUCCCUCCUUUGAUCAUGAACGAGCUUGGCGUCAUCUCACACCGGGCGACAACGACAAUGACGGCAACGCCGCCCAUUUACACAAGCAUGGCUGCUGGGUACGCUUCGGACCAGCCACCCAAGCCACCGCCAAAACCCCGAGCAUACAUACCAGCGGACACAAUGGGCGACUGGAACAGCAUCGUCACGACAAUCGUGGACGACAUAAUGGGGCCAGCCAAUGCUCUCCACAUUACCGUGUGA